CUUUCUUAAAAACCUACACUGACCUUGUUUGAGGGAGGAAAAACUAGAAGAGUAAAAAUGGAAUAUAAGGCUCGAACAGGCUCCAGAUCAGUCUUCCUCCAUCUUCUUCUCCUACUCCUCCUGUUGGCUUCGUCUUCUCCGUCAACCACUGCACAAUCCGAUGACAUAGGCUACGUUCAUGGUGAUGCAGAGGCUGGCUUAGAUGAAGUUGAUUUUACUUUUACCACUACCACUAUCACUAUGGCACAUAAGGAGGGCUCCCUCACUACCACUACCAGUCCUGGCGAUCAGGAGGCAAGCGUAGAGAAUGGAACACUUGGUAACAAGGAAGGUGAUCAGCAACCGAGUGAAGGAAAUUACAAGCAAUGUCCAGCAGAGUUCCAGUGCCAAUGUCCGGCAGUGUGUGAAUGCCCAGACUCAAAAUCUUUUAAUCAAAUCAAGGACGAUCUAGCUCCUUUUAUUCGCCAGCAGUUUAGAGAGCUGUUGAAGAAAGCACUUGAUAACUAGCUCACAAUUAAGUGUAGCAAAUUCAAAUAAUUAUCGGCCAUGUUAGCGUCUUCUGAUCUGUAACAAUGGCAAAUGUAUGGUCUGUUCAACUGAUCCAUGUAUUGAAUAGAGUACUACUACUACUACCAGUACUACUACUCCAAUAUCCAUUGAAUAAUAUUGUGGGAUUUGCAAAUGAGAAUAAAAGUCGUUUGACAUCCAUUUGUCUUAUAAA